GCCCCGACUCCCGCGUGCGGAUGGCGGCGGCAGGCUCCCGGCGCCCCCCGGGCUCGCCCACGCUGGCGGCCCGGCACGUGCCCCAGGCCUCGGCGCCGCAGACCCCCGUGCCGUGCGGCCGAACCCCGGGCCUGCCCCAGGACCAGGACGGCUGCUCGUUCGUGCCGAUCGCCCAUGCUAUCCCUCUGCAGGUGGACAUGGCCAUGGCCCUGCAGCGCGUGAGGAUUUCCGAGAAGUACGGCAAGAGCUACCUCUGCCUCCUGCAAGCGGUCUUCGUCGCAGAAACUGAGGUGCUCCUCCGUGUGAAGGAUAUCAGCCAUUUCUUAAUGCAAGACAUCGCCUUCUUGUCUGGUGGCCGGGGAAAGGACAAUGCUUGGAUCAUUACGUUUCCAGAAAAUUGUAAUUUCAGAUGUAUACCAGAAGAAGUGAUAGCAAAAGUGCUUACUUACUUGACAUCUAUUGCGAGGCAAAAUGGAUCUGACUCCCGAUUUACCAUUAUUGUUGACCGAAGAUUGGAUACUUGGUCUUCUCUCAAAAUCUCUCUCCAAAAAAUCUCAGCUUCCUUCCCUGGGAACUUGCACUUGGUUUUGGUUCUGCGUCCUACCAGUUUUCUUCAGCGAACUUUCACAGACAUUGGCUUUCGAUUUAGUCAGGAAGAUUUCAUGCUCAAAUUACCGGUUGUUAUGCUGAGCUCAGUUAGUGAUUUGCUGACAUACAUUGAUGACAAGCAGUUAACCCCUGAGUUAGGCGGCACCUUGCAGUACUGCCACAGUGAAUGGAUCAUCUUCAGAAAUGCUAUAGAAAAUUUUGCCCUCACAGUGAAAGAAAUGGCUCAGAUGUUACAGUCCUUUGGAACUGAACUGGCUGAGACAGAACUACCAGAUGAUAUUCCUUCCAUAGAAGAAAUUCUUGCAAUUCGUGCUGAAAGGUAUCACCUCUUAAAGAAUGACAUUACAGCUGUAACCAAAGAAGGAAAAAUUCUUCUGACGAAUCUGGAAGUGCCAAACGCUGAAAAAGCUGUCAGUUCAAGACUCGAUCAUCAUGAGCAAAUAAGUGGUGACUGGCAAACUAUUAAUAAAUUGCUGACUCAAGUACGCGAUAUGGAAACAGCUUUUGAUGGAUUUUGGGAAAAACACCAACUAAAAAUGGAGCAGUAUCUGCAGCUAUGGAAGUUUGAGCAGGAUUUUCAAGAGCUUGUGAGUGAUGUUGAACUUCUAUUAAACCAACAAGCAGAGUUGGCAGAUGUAACAGGGAAUAUAGCGCAAGUAAAACAAAAAAUAAAAAAGUUGGAAAAAUUAGAUGAAAAUUCUCAGGAUCUGUUAGCAAAGGCCCGCUUUGUGAUAUUACAUGGACACAGACUUGCAGCAAAUCACCAUUAUGCUCUUGAUUUGAUCUGCCAGAGGUGCAACGAGCUACGUUACCUAUCUGAUAUUUUGGUUGAUGAGAUCAAAGCCAAACGGAUACAGCUCAGUAGGAUCUUCAAAAUGCAUAAACUCCUACAGCAGGCUCGUCAGUGCUGUGAUGAAGGAGAAUGUCUUCUAGCUAAUCAGGAAACAGAUAAGUUUCAGUCUAAAGAAGAUGCUCAGAAAGCCCUCCAGGACAUUGAAAAUUUUCUUGAAAUGGCUGUGCCCUUUAUAAAUUAUGAUCCUGAAACUCUACAGUAUGAAUUUGAUGUAAUUUUAUCUCCUGAACUCAAGGUUCAAAUGCAGACUGUACAACUCAAGCUUGAAAACAUUCGAAGUAUUUUUGAGAACCAACAAGCUGGUUUUAGGAACCUGACAGAUAAGCGUGUGAGGCCUGUCCAGUUUGUGGUACCUGCUUCUGACAAUUUGAUAAGAUCUAGAGCAUCAUUUUUUUCACCUAAACAUGUGGGAGUUGGACACUCUUUCUUUCAAGCAUGUAAACUUUUUUCAAAAGGGAAGAAGACUUGGAGGCAAAAUCAGAGCAACUUAAAAAUUGAAGUGGUGCAUGAUUGUCGGGAGAAGAGAAGUUCUGGUCAAUCUUCCAGUUUGAACAAUGACAAUAGCUUGGAUGUUUUACAGAACCAUGUCCUAAAUGAGCUGAUCCAGACCGAGAGGGUGUAUGUUCGUGAGCUGUUUACUGUUUUGUUGGGCUAUAGAGCGGAGAUGGAUAAUCCAGACAUGUUUGAUCUUAUCCCACCUCUCCUGAGAAAUAAGAAGGAUGUUCUCUUUGGAAAUAUGGCAGAAAUAUAUGAAUUUCAUAACAACAUUUUCAUGAGCAGUCUGGAAAAUUGCGUUGAUGCUCCAGAAAGAGUGGGACCUUGUUUCCUGAAAAGGAAAGAUGAUUUUCAGAUGUAUGCAAAUUAUUGUCAGAAUAAGCCCAGAUCAGAGGCAAUUUGGAAGAAGUAUUCAGAAUGUGCCUUUUUCCAGGAAUGUCAAAGAAAAUUAAAACACAGACUUGGUCUGGAUUCCUAUUUACUCAAACCAGUGCAACGAAUCACUAAAUAUCAGUUACUCUUGAAGGAGCUGUUAAAAUAUAGCAAAGACUGUGAAGGAUCUAAACAAUUAAAGGAGGCGCUUGACACCAUGCUGGAUUUACUGAAGUCAGUUAACGACUCCAUGCAUCAGAUUGCAAUAAACGGCUAUAUUGGAAACUUAAAUGAGCUGGGCAAGAUGAUAACGCAAGGUGCCUUCAGCGUUUGGACUGGACACAAGAAAGGUGCUACAAAAAUGAAGGAUUUUGCUAGAUUCAAACCAAUGCAGCGACACCUUUUCUUGUACGAAAAAGCCAUUGUUUUUUGUAAACGGCGUGUUGAAAGUGGAGAAGGCUCUGAUAGAUACCCGUCGUACAGUUUUAAGCACUGUUUGAAAAUGGAUGAAGUUGGAAUCACUGAAUAUGUGAAAGGCGAUAACCGCAAGUUUGAAAUCUGGUAUGCCGGGAAGGAAGAAGUUUAUAUUGUCCAGGCUCCAAAUUUAGAUGUGAAGAUGACAUGGUUAAAAGAAAUAAGAAGUAUUUUGUUGAAGCAACAGGAACUUAUGACAGUUAAAAGGCGAGAGCAACAUAAUCAGUUAACAGAACAGGAUCAGCUUUCUUCACAGCAGAACAAUGAAAGGCAACGGAGAGCUUUCAUAGGCGCUGAGGAAACUGAGUCAGAACACCCCAGCAGUGUGGUGGAGGUUGGUGAGGCAAUGGCAUCGGUUCAGGCAGAAGCAAAUACAGUUUGGACCGAGAUUUCAUCACCUGCAGAAAUCUCUGAAGAACCUCAGGAAUGGUCAACCAGUUAUUUCUACUCUUCUUAUGAUGACAAUGAAGAAGAACAGAGGCCCCUAAUGUCUCCAGGCAAAUAUAAAGCCCUAGCAGAUUGCAGGAAGAGAGGCUCAGAAGACCUCCUGAUUAGAAAUGGAGAUGUCAUUCAGCUUCUCCAUGAGGAUGCUGAGGGUCAAUGGUUGGUGAAAAAUCUAAACAGAAGAAAAGAAGGGCUGAUUCCAGGGAACAGUUUGCAGAUUUUAACCAGUGACUAUAGGUUUCGGAAUGCCAAAGUUACAGAUGCCGCUCUGAGUAAACACAAGGAAACUAAGUUCCACUUCAAUUAAAGGAGAAUGAAUAGACUUUUAAAAAUAAGAUUACCUUUGGAGGUGUGAACUAGAUUGUAUUUCUUAAAAGUGUUACAGAUAAACAGCCAAGAGUCAGGACGAGCCUCUGCUGCCCAUGACAUUCACAGAAUUUCCUCAGGACUGAGGUGGACUUCAUCAUUCCCAGUUUGUCUCAUUCUUGCAAGAAGCCAUCUUCACACCUUCCAUCCCCCCAGGUGAAAAGUGCCGUGUUAUUUUGUUUCCAAAUAGGGUUUUUCAUGGCAUGCGUUCAGAUUCCAUCUAAAAACUCGAAAUCAAUUAUUUUGAACAUUCACAGGUAAAAAGCUUUACCUGUAAUUUUCUUGAUAACUUUUCAGUAACAAAACAAAACAAAAAUCCAAAGAGAGAAGAGAGAUAAUCAGAGAUUUUAAAUCCCUUUGUUAAUUGACAAUUUAUUUUAUUAUUUAAUUCUGUUAUCUGUGUGACUAUAACGUACCAAAGGGAUAUGUUCUGAAGGACCUCUUUUGCACUUUGACUGGUAUUUAGGGUUUUCACAGUUGUCUUAUGGUUCUAAAAAGAUCCAAAGCUAAAAUUCUGUAGUUAGGAUGUGUUGAAGUUUACAUUUUAUGCAUUGAAAUUGAGAUACACGUGCCACAGCUUUAAGUUAAAUGUUCAUAUUUGCACAAGAGGUGUUCCUGUAACAAAGGUUUACUUUCCAGUGUCUUUACUUGCUUUUGAAUUUUCUAGAAAAAUCUAUUCUAGUAAAGGUUUUCUUAAGUUGCGUUGCGUUCCUUCCUAGGAUUUUUGUUUGAUGAUAAUGUAUAGAUGUCUUUCUUUAGAAUCUCUAAACAGUGUGACCACUUGUUUUAAAGCACAGGGCCAAGUUGUUGCAUGCAGUGUUGAAUUUAUGCUUGGAGUAUUUUAUAUUGUGGACCACUGAAGACAAUGGUUUGAAAUUGCUGCCUUUUGAAUCAUAGAUUGUGAGUGUUACUCUCAAGUUGGCAUAUUAGCUGCAUGUUUUUUGACGAAUAGUUUUACAGUAAACAAUAAACACAAUAACUAUAUAAUUCAUAAAUAUUUUCUUUUAAAUAGGUUUGUGUAUCAUAUCAAGAUGAUAGUUUAUGCCAGUGGUAUCAUUUGAUGUAACAAUUUGUAUGACAAAUGAAUUGUGUUUUAUUCAAAGAUACCUGAAAAUUAUCAAUCUUCUAAUGUCCAUUUGCUGGAAUUUAUGAUGGUUGAUUUAUAAUUCACUCAUGAAAAUGUCCAUAUAUUUGAUACUUAGUUAAUGUUUCUGCAACAAUACCAACAGCAACAAAACAAAGUUAAAAUACAUCUCUUUUGUGUGCUGAUCCUGGGGUUAGGAGACAGAAUUAGGAGAGAAAAUUUUUGAAUAAUUAUGUCCCUCUGCACAAAACGUUUUAAUUUCAUGGUAUUAAACUAGGGAUUUUAAUCAUUUAAGACAGUACUGAGCUCUAUAGAUUCAAACAUACAGUUAUAGUCUUUUAAUGUUUUAAUCACUGUACAAUGAAUGCUAUAUUUGUAUAUGUAUUUGUAUAUGUAACUGCACUGUAUUAAUUUUAUUGGGCUAUAAAUGUGUGUUACUAUAAAACAUAGCAGCAAUUUCCCUUUAAGUCUUCAAAAUUUAAUUACAUUGUAAAUGUACUUACAAUGUAAAUGUACUUGUGUUAAUUCCACAUUAAAAAUAUCCAACCUUAAA